UCCUCCUCCUAUGGCCAACUUGAUAUAAAAGAGAGAAACUUCAAGUUUCGUUUAGAACCUUCUCUUUUGUUUCUUUUACAGCAACUACAAGAAAAACAAAUUGCUUCAGCUUGAAGAUUUAGAGUUGCAGAACCGCCUCUGUUUCUUUAUUUGUUUCUUGGUUGUGCAGUCCUUGUAUGUCAAUUUUCAGUCGGCGUUUACAGCCCUAUAUAACACUCUCUUUCAGCCAUUCUUAAAGGGUUCUUGAAAGUUUCUUUCCGUGUAAUAAUAGGACUUCUUGAUUCUUGAAAGGACCCUUUUUUCUUUUUCUUCUUCUUGUUCUUUGUUUGAUGCACAUGUGCUAUCUAAAGGUGGCGAAUCGAAAAGAGAAAGUUACUAAUAGUAGAGAAGAUAAUGGCGGUGGUGUUGAAGAAUGGCUCUAUCAGCAGCCAUUGAUGACGAUUUCUGGUUUGAGUAGGGAGAGAGAGAUGUCAGCUAUGGUUACUGCUUUGACUCAUGUGAUUAAUGGAGAUGUGCCACCAGCUCAUGAUUCUGAUAAUUCUUUUUUAACAUUAUCAAACGAAGGUAAUUGUUCAAGUUCUUCAAGUGCUGGAGCAAAACGAGGAAGAGAAGAUGAUGGUUAUGAAGAGUUCACUAAGCUUUCUAAGCAGUCAUUUCUUGAUGAGUUUUCACAUGCUACAGAGAAUUCGAACAUUGCUACAAGUACCAUGAUCCCACCAACACACACCACAUUUACUCCUAUUUAUGAGCAUAACGAGUCGACAAACAGAGAAGAGCCAACAAGAAAAUAUAGAGGAGUAAGGCAAAGGCCAUGGGGCAAGUGGGCAGCUGAAAUAAGAGAUCCUUUUAAAGCAGCUAGAGUUUGGUUAGGCACUUUUGACACAGCUGAGGCAGCAGCAAGAGCUUAUGAUGAAGCCGCCCUUAGAUUCAGAGGCAGCAAAGCCAAGUUAAAUUUCCCUGAAAAUGUGAAGCUCCGGCCAUCUCCUUCCAGUCCGAUGACAACCCAGUUGAUCAUUUCUGAUUCUUCAAAUACCCUUUUGUCCGAUCCUACUUCUGCUGAGCCAACACUUGCUUCCCAAUCUAAUCAUCCUUUUCACCAUAUGCAAAAUCCAGCAGAGACCUCGAGCAACUUCGUAAAUAAUCCUGAAUUGGUUUUAGGUGCUGGUGGUGGCUAUAAUCAAAGGCAAUCCAUGAGUCUAUAUGACCAAAUGCUUUUUUCAUCUGCAUCGUCAACUUCAACAUCGUCUCAUUUUCACUCUCCUACAACCACAUUUGCUGCUUCUACCUUUUCUUCAUCUCCGCCACCUUUCCACCCUCUGCUUUUUCCAUCACCACCUUCUGUUAAUUUCAGCACUGUCGCCAGUCAGAGUGGCGCUGGCAGUGGUGGUAGUGGUGGUGCAAAUGUCUUAACUCCACCAUGGUCGGAUUGCAGUGGUGAUACUUCUCGAUAAUUUAGACAUUUGUGGUUACUUCACAUAUACAUUUUUUUUUGUGAAAGUAGAUUAGGACAUAUAGCAUUAUAUUGUUGGUGUCAUAUUUUUUUUUUUUUGUUACGAGGAUAGAAAUUUAGUUCUUCCUUUUUAUUUAUAUUUUUCAACAUAUAGAGGAGGCAACAGCCUAAACAAACAUUACACAGGAAACAUUCUUGGAAAAGAAACGUCUACACUACUCUCCUUGAGAUCAUUGAUACUGGCAGGAGGUUGUUAAUUCCAAAUAUUAUUUAUCCUGACA